GAAAUAUUUUCUAUUGAAAUAUACAAGAUUAUUAUUAUCCCAAUUUUAAUCUUUAUAUUUUAUACUACUAUAAUCUUUACUAGCAUAAAGAUUGUGGUAGACUCCGGCGUUGUUCGUGUGUCAAAGUUGGAGACCGGACGCUUGAACGGUUACGUUUGCACUUUCAACGCUCUUCCUACGACNUGGUGUCAAAUAAAAUACACUUUGAACAUUUAAGUGGAGAAGAAUUUUGAAAAUCCUUCUCACAAUCACAAUCAUAUUUCUUUCGGCCAUGUGAUGUUAAUGGGGACAAAAUUGUUUUGACUUUGCAUUUUAAAGAUGUAGGAAAUUUCCUAAUUUGUCAUUAAGUGUAUGAUUGGUUUUUAAAAUCCUCUUUAAAUAAUUAUACACUAUGUUCAUUGUUAAGGAGUGAAGGUGAUUCGGCCAUACUAUUUUCAAGAGAGAAAAUUAUUAGUUUGGUUCCAUUAAUAUCAUUUUGUGUAUAGAAAAUAUUUAUAAUAUUUUCUAAAUAUUAUUAGAAAUAUUUUCUAUUGAAAUAUACAAGAUUAUUAUUAUCCCAAUUUUAAUCUUUAUAUUUUAUACUACUAUAAUCUUUACUAGCAUAAAGAUUGUGGUAGACUCCGGCGUUGUUCGUGUGUCAAAGUUGGAGACCGGACGCUUGAACGGUUACGUUUGCACUUUCAACACUCUUCCUACGACCUCUUCGUUUUUACCGCUUACAGAGAAAAGCACGAAAGUGGGCAACCAUCGGGAUUCCUGAAUUUCCUGCACAAUAUUUCCUCUCAUAUAAAUGGCGGGAGCGUCACCUUCCGGCUUCGACGAGAGUUUGCUCCCCUUCCAUGAGUUCCAUUAUUAUUCAAACUGAACUCCCACACACAUUAUUCGCACAGUUUGACUUCACUCCUCUCUCUCUCUCUCUUCCAAUUUCAAUCGGGAACGUCUAAGGGUUUAGAAUCUAGGGUUUCUGAAAAAUUGAAGUCCAGGCCAAAGCGCCGAUUCAAUCGCCAAUGGAGGCCGCGGCUGGUGUUGCCACCGCACGCAAUGUUUCUACCCCCGUUUCCUCCCCUCAGCCUUCUCGCAAGGAGUGGCGUGUAGUCUCCGACCAUUCUGAACGUUCGGAUAAGGAGCGCUCCAAGUUUGGGCAGUCCGAUGAGAGAUUGAUAUACGAGGUGCAGCAAGGGAGAAAUCCAUCUGAUGUGGGCUUUUGUUCCCUUAUUCUUGAUGGUGGACCGGAUAAUGAUCUUCUGCAGCAGAGACUUCAUACUGUGGUGAACCAAAGAGAGGAGUUGCAAAGGAUGGAGACUGAGCUUCAGGCUCAGCUCAUUGCGAAAACUGAGAUGUUGGAGAUGAGAAAUACCUUUGACGCUCAAGUCAAAGAACAAGCAAACACCAAUGCGAAGCUUCAGGAGCAACUGCAAGAAAGGGGAGAAACGAUAUAUGAGCUGGAAAGAAGACUUGAAGAGAAGGAAAGGGAGUUGCAUGCGAUAAGAUUGGACAAUGAGGCGCAGGCUUGGGCAAAAGAGGACCUAUUUAGAGAACAAAGCAAAGAACUGCAAACUUACAUGAGAGAAAGAGACAACUCUGAAGCUGAAAGAGCUCAGUACAUAAAACAGAUUCACGAUUUUCAGGAACAUAUUCAAGAGAAAGAAAGGCAGUUCUUGGAAUUACAGGAACAAAACAGACUUACUCAGGAAAACAUUGUUUACAGAGAUGAACAAAUGAGGGAGGCUCAGGCUUGGAUGAGCCGAUUUCAGGAAAUUGAGGCAUUGCAGCAAGCUGAACUACGUGAACGAACAGAACAGUGUAACCAGCUGUGGCUUGGUUGCCAGAGACAGGCUGCUGAGAUGGAGCGCCUACAUUUGCAUAUACAACAGCUCCAGGCAGAAUUGACAGAGGCUAAAGAAAGGAAUAACACUAUCUCUGAUGGCUCUCAAGUGUCCAAAUCAAGCUCUAAAGAUACUGCUCAGAUUGGAAAGAGAAGUAGUGGCCUACUUCUCGAUAGUGGAAAGGAUGUUCCUGGUGUAAAAUCUGGCCACUCAUCCAAUGGACAUGAUGAAAGUGAUUCUUCAUUAUCUGCAAUGAAUGCAUCAACACAGAAUGAUCAUCUCCAUGGUCUUUCACUUGCUCCUUCAUCUUUACUUGGGAUGCCAACCUAUAUCUCUCCAGGACAGAUUACUGCUUUACACCCCUUUUUAAUGCACCAACAGGGUAUUCCUCCUGUUCCUCAGUCUCAUGUUGUGCAUUUCCACUCUCUACCUGGAUCUGCUAUGCCAUCAGUUCAACAUUGGCCUAACCAACAGGUUGCACCUGAUGGUUCUGAGUUGUCUUCCCACAAUCAAUCUUCUCUCCAAACUGAUUCAACCUUGUUGAGAUCCAAUUCUAGCUAUCAGUAUGAAACUUCUGUCAACGGGAAUGGUUUUCAUUCAGAGCAUCCGGAUGCCAAUAUUAUCCACGAGAUUGAAUCACCAGAUUCUGUAGCUCAUUCAAAUGAAGGGGAGCAGAAACAGACCUUGCAAUAUAUCUCCUCUCAGAUUCAUAAUGGGCUAAGGUUGGAUCCUAAUGAACAAAAGAAUGAGUUUCAGGUGGAUGGUGUAAACUCUUCAUCAAUUCCAGGGAUCGAAUCCCAAGGAUCGAUGAUAGGGGAAAUUACUUCUCCUGCUGAGUAUUCACCUUUGAACAUUCUAGAGCAGGCGAGCAACUCAAACGAGAAAGUAACAAACUCCAGCGCUAAUACUACUUUACCCGAAUCCAUGGUUUCUAUGGGCCAGAAAAAUGCAUAUCCUGUUAACCCUGCUGAACCUAUAUUACUUGAUGAACAAUCAUUACUAGCCUGCAUAGUUCGCACCAUUCCACCUGGUUCUAGUGGUCAAAUUAGGAUAAGUACAACGCUUCCAAAUAGGCUAGCAAAAAUGCUUGCACCCCUGCACUGGCAUGAUUACAAGAAAAAGUAUGGGAAACUUGAUGACUUUGUAGCAAGUCAUCCUGAAUUGUUUGUGGUUGAUGAUGACUAUAUUCAACUUCGAGAAGGAGCUCAAGAGAUCAUAGCAGCCACUGCAGCUGUGGCUAAAGUUGCUGCAGCAACUGCAGUCCCAUCAUUAUAUCCGUCGCGUUUACAUUCUGUUGCUGUUACUCCCAUGGCUCAAUCUCACAGGUUGAAGAAGAAUGCAGAUGCCAUUUCUCAGUCUGUGGCAAUGCAAAGUCAGCAUUCCAAUAGUUCUUGCAGUGUGGGUGAGGGCAUCACAAAUGUGAAAAAUUUGGCUAAACCCAGAGGUCCAGUGGAGCUCAAUGCAUCCGAAACUCAUCCUGCACAGCUCCCAGUGGGUAAUGGAAUCCACCCUCAGAAAAAUGAUUUAGCCACUUCUCAAAUAAUGGGAUCAUCUCAUGGGAGAGGCAAUGUGAAUGUACAUGGUAAACAUCGUGGCAGGAUUACCGUGCUUCCAUCCAACUCAAGAAGAUAGUAAGUACACUCUUUUGUUGUAAUAUGCUCACUUGUGGCCUUGUGCUUAAUGCCUAGUUCUUAGAGCCGACUUGUAUGCUUCUUUUGUCUUUAUUCAUACUUCAGUGGCUUCUUUGUUCUACUUCUGUAUCUGAGGGUCUCUUGAAAACCUCUCUACUUCAUAGUAUGGGUAAGGAAAUGAGUAACAUUUCUCCCCUUUUUUUCUAAAAAAGGUUCAACAACACUGUUUAUUUCAAAUCCUCUUUUAUGGCACAUUUUUUAGUCAAUAUUUCUAUCAUAUACCAAUUGUUUCUAAGUGCAUGAGAGUAGUAAAAUGACUCAACUUUGGUGUUUCUCUAGUUUUCAUGUUUCUUCCUCGGCUCCAUGUAUCAGACUUGGCAUUUUUCCUUUGCUUUAUCAACAACCUCAAAAACAUGAAACACAACAUCUCCCCUUGAAUAGUCCUAGACAACUCAUCUUGAAACAGCUGCAAUAUCCCUACGUAAUAAGUUAGCUUUGGCACAGAUAGCAGCGUGAGAUUGUAUGAGCUGGGAUUGAAAUCAACAAUGGUUGCGAUUGGAUUAUCUCUUAUAAAGUUCCGUUUUGCUGAAAUGCUGCAACUUGUUUAUGUUGUGUCCUUUUCGACCAGCGUGUAUUUAACUA